ACUCAAAAAGUCCCACCAACAUCAAACACCCAUCUUUGAUCUUUUGCCGCUCCCCAAAAUCCUUUUUUUGUUUGUUUUGUUUUCCACUGCAUCCAUCUUCAAAGAUAUAUCUCAGCUUAGCAUUUGACACCCGUUUUAGGUGGUUUUAUACCGUGGAGGAGUUCUCUAUAUCGGCUGAGUUACACUAUGAGGAAUGGAGCACAGCACCUUGGUGAAUGUUCUAGCUCAACCUCUUGGAGCAGUCAGCAGGAUACUGAGGAUGACCAGAUGAUUGCUGUUGUGUUAUCAGAAGAACUCGCCAAGUUAGAUGGUUCUGUUGCUGGACGCCUGUCUGGUCUUGCACCUGUUCCCCAUGUUCCACGCAUAAAUUCCUAUAUUCCAAACAUAAGUGAUGCAAGUUUGGAUCACCAACGUCUUCUACAGAGGCUCCAUGUUUAUGGUCUAUAUGAAGUGAAGGUCUCCGGUGAUGGAAAUUGUCAGUUUCGUGCACUUUCAGACCAGAUGUACAAGUCGCCUGAGUAUCACAAGCAUGUGCGGAAAGAUAUUGUUAAACAGCUUAAAGACCACCGUAACUUGUAUGAAGGAUAUGUUCCUAUGAAGUACAAGCGAUACUGCAAGAAAAUGGCAAAGUCUGGAGAAUGGGGGGACCAUGUUACCUUACAAGCUGCUUCUGAUAAGAGUUGUGGUUGAGUUUCUGGUCUGAGGUCCACUACAACUCACUAUAUGAGAUCCAAGGUGCCCCAAUUCAGAAGCCAAAGAAGAACCAUUGGUUGUUUUAGAUUAGCAUAAUGUUGGAGAGGAUAUAGCAGUCAUGCUGCUGAAAAUUUUAGCACUGUGCACACUAUGCUUUAUAUUGGUACAGAUGAUAUUGAGUUUUUGGUCCUUAUUACCCUAAAAAUGUAUAGGGCUGCAAACAAACAAAUAUGAACGAACAAACAUAUGUUUGUAAUUUGUUCGAUUAUUUUUAUGUUUAGAGAUAGUUAGGCUCAAUUUAUAUUCGAUAAGAAAAUUAUUUUGUUUGUUUAAGUUUGGUUCAUUUAAAUGAUGGGAUAUUUACAUUGAAUUUGUGUUCAAUUCAAUUAAGUUGAAUUCGUUUAUGAAUAUUAAAUAAAUAUGUUUAGAAAUAGAUAUAAACAAAUAUAUUCAGGAACAAUAAAUAAACUAAAAUUAAAUAAAUUUAAAUAAGCAAAGUUUAAACGAACAUAAAUGAAUUCAAAUGAUCAUAAACGAAUCUUAAAAUACGAUUUGGAUAGAGGAUAAAAAUAUAAUUUUAUUAUUCUUAUUAUAAACGAGCAGUACAUGAGUAGUGAAUGAAUAAUAAAUGAACGGGUUUUAAAUGAACUUUAAAAAAGUUUGUUUGCGAAUAUAAAUACACCAAAUAGAUUUUUGAUAAUGUUUGGUUCGUUUUGGUUCGUUUAAUAAAGGAACAUAAAAUUGUU